CUGGAUCUAGUUGCUAUGUGAGGCGCGCGCUGCUAGCUUUUACUGCCAACUAUCUUCUAGCCGAUUUCUUCGCUAUUUCCAUUUGUUUUCAAUUUUCAAUCAGGAGCAGUAUUCGUCUUUUCCAUUUGUCUGUAGGUUGCUGUUGUUGUUUAUUUUCAUCUGUAUUUAGGUACGCUCUUCAUCUUUUGCUAUCGCAAUUACGACUACUGUAUGUAGGUAAGGCUUUCUCUCUGGAAGUAGGUAGGUUGGGCCAUCGCUAUCGCUAUUUUUUCCCACUGUUGUUUGUUUGUUGGUUGGUUGCUGAUGUUGCCAUGAUGUUUCGCGACCAGACCGUCGGGCUCUCACCACGAUUUUGGUGUGCUCGAUGGUGGAGCGCGCAGUUUUCGAGACCUUUCUGAUUCUGAUUCUGAAGCUUUCAGUUGUUUCAACAAAACACGACCAAAAUGCGGCUUCGGCCGGUGCCGCACCGUGGUGCUGGGGGUAGUACUAUUUUAGCACGACCGCAGCGCUUGCUGGUGCUUCUCGCCCUCGUGCAUGACAGGAGUUGUACUUCUUGUUCGCAGGUGGCGGCAGAGAGGAUUGAGCAAACAAGCCCAUCAACUACUUCCCGGGACGAGCUAUACAGCAACAACCUCUACGCACAGCUGCUGAAUUAUGGAAGCGUCAGGUUUGAAAUCGUCAGAGUUGAAAUGAUUUCUCAUGCAUAAAAUGCAAGGCAUGAAGUGCCUGUCUUGCUGGGAUGGCAAGCGAGGCCGACUGUCAGCCUGUUAUGGUUUGAAAUACAGCUGCUAAAGAUGAAGUAGCAUGACAAAAGCAGUCGCCUGUGCCCAAACAGCAUAACAAAUUGGAUUCCACCGGUGCUCUGAAAAUUUGUCAUGCAAUGCUUGGGAAUUGGGCUUCCUACUGGUGUUGAUUUUAUGCAUUACAAGUUACUUAUUUCAACUUUGACGAUUUCAAUCCUGUUCCUGACGCUUCCAUAUGAAUUCUGUCAUGCAGAAGUCCGAUGCAGAGAUCCAGAAAUUGCCACAGUCCCCUCGUUGGAUCAACUGGUACGAAUCUGUGAGAGCACCGGACUAUGAACUGCAAAAGCAUCGUUUACUAGUAGUACUUGCAAUACAAAUUAGCUCAGCAUGACAAACGGAAUUUGUCAUGCUGUUUUACCUGGGGAUGGAGAUUUGUAAUGCAUGACUGCGAUUACUACGAGCACGAUACUUUUGCACAGGAUACGGACCGGUACGGUUUGAAGCCGACAGACAUGCAGAAACUAGUCGGGCACUUUCACCCGUACGCUCGGAAUCGGACGGUAGUGGAAACCGAUCGUAUUUCAUCUCCAUCUUCCGCAGGAGCCCACGAACCGGGCCGAACACGACCGUCGAGACCGGCGACGUUUACGGACCUGCUGAUCUACUUGGUGAAAGGACCACCGCUUGCAGGAGCUCCGUCAAGAACAAAAGUGCCAGGGUCCACGACCUCGUCCAGCGACACGACAAUCGGCGAAAGCAACUACUACCCCGAGAUGAGGACAAGAAACACUGCCACUGCCUACAUCGAAAUUGGGGCCAGUGUUUUAAUAUUGAGAGGAAAAAUCCCCCCUCUCCAUAUUGAAAACGCAUUCGUCUGAAAAUUUGUGAUGCAGAUUUGAGGUCACAAAUCCUGUCUGUCUUGCAAGAAGGCAAAGCCUUAGAGUCCGCCGCAUUAUGCCGGCGGGUUGUGAUGCUGUUGGGCUUACAGGGCCGACGUCUGUCAUGCUAGUCCCCUACGUCAAAACCUCUCGACCCAGGCUUGGUAUAUGCCUGCAGUCCUCUCCAGCAAGACAGACUGAUUUGCGCACGCAAAUCCAGCAUCAGAAAUUUCGUUUCGAUAUGGGGAGGGGGGAUUUUUCCUUUUGAUAUUUAAAAACCUUCUUCCAAGUCGCGUGUCACUUGACCAACUAUCCUAAGUACGUCCCCACGAGGACACCAGAGUCAAGAUGGGAAAUCUGCUAGACAAAUCACCAAGCUUUGGUUGUUUCGCAUGACAAGCGUGACCACCUCGCAGCGCUAGUUCAGCAGCAUCACAGAUGUAGCGCGUGACGCCGAUCGUAUAGCAUCACAAAUUCCAAAACAGCACGACUAGAAAAUGCUUCUCACGGGUUUUUCCGCAUGAAAAACUUUUUUUGGCGUGCAGAUUUGCAUUACAAACUCUGGGGUCCUCGUGGGGACCGUUUUUCUCAGAAUACCAACGCCUCGCUUUUCGCCUUUGACAUGAACCAGAUCAACCCAAAAAUGGAAAAGGUGUUCAUGGCCGGGUGCAGCCCACUGAGUACUAUUACACAACUGUUUUCAUCAUCUACAACGGAACCGGCAAAAAGUGCAACUACUUCAGCUGUUUCUGAUGCCCCCGCAGCACAUGAUGCACAAUCCCUCCUGCAGAUGAAAAAACAGCAUCAAGUUCAUCUCUGCGCAGAAAACGAGAAGCACAACAGGGAAAUCGUCUUCCGUGCGCAACAACGGAAAUCACAACAGGCAAAUUUGCUAAAGUUCAGGGCAGACAGUGACAGACACAGAGACCACAGUCCUCCCGGAAUCAAAACUGCAGCAGGAGAUGAAACAGAGGCUGCAAUAACGACUGCAGCACCUAGUGGCAGCAUCAGCCCCACCGUGGUUCACCAGAUGCUUCUCAACUCCGAGAGAACUGCAACCCCUAUAUGACACGCCCAACGUACCCAAAGGCCUUUUACCCAGGGGGGAUCAAGAAAAAAAAUUUAACUUCAAAGUAGAUCGCUAUUUCUAAUGUAACUGCUUGAUCUUUUUGAGCUAGGUACUCAUUUAGAUAGCUAGCUAAAAAAGGCGCUUUGGCAUGGUGAAAGGAGCCCAGGAGUGGACUCUCCUGGUCCACGGAUUCGAUUUGCUACGAUUCUCUUUUGACAAAGUAGACGCCUUGCAAUUUUUAAAAAUGCUCCCUCUACAGGAGAUCCCCCUGCAGCGAUCCCCAUCAGCUGCAGAGUUUCGGAGGCCUCGCCCCAUCGGUCUUGCAGACAAAUAUCAUCCCCAUGCAAAAGCAAUAGCUCACCCAGCCUGGCGAUGCUUUGCAUAACACGCGUCGCCUCCAGGCAUCAACUUCCCUCGGCCCAUGAAUUCGCAGGCGAAUCCAUGGCCAAAGAGAUGUCCCUGUGGGCCCCUUCAAACAUUCAAAAGCGCCCUACUUGGCUAUCUGAAUUGGUCAGCACAUUGAAAAGCAGCUCACUUAAGCAUGCAACUUCUAAUGCUCUACUGCACUAUCUAAAAAUUUUUUUUUUAUCCCCCAUGGGAUUUAGGCCUCUGGGUACGUUGGGCGUGUCAUACCCUACUGGCAGCAUCAACCCCACCGUGGUUCACCAGAUGCUUCUCAACUCCGCAAUAUCAAAUGUAAAAAUGUCUGGGUAUGGAAGAUUCUGAGAUUUGUCAUGCAUGUUUUGCAUGACCCAGGAUGUCUGUAAUGCACGAUCGCGCAUCACAGAUUUUGCGAGGACUUCUUGAUGCCUACUCCGCAUGACAAACGCCCUCCCCGCGUAGCACAAACUAGACUCCUCUUGCUGGUCAUGCAUUACAGAUUUUUCUAGAGUCCAAAGUUAGCAUCACAAGUUCCAAUCUUCCAGACCCAGACAUUUUUACAUUUGAUAUGCAACACCUACUGGCAACAUCAGCCCCACCGUGGUUCACCAGAUGCUUCUCAACUCUGCCACUGCGAAGGAGCAGAUUGACAAAUCGAUGCACAUUGACUCGAUUCAAGACGAGCAGCUGAAAACCGAUAUCCUGUGCAAAAGUUGUAUCGUACUCGUAGUAAUCGCAGUCAUGCAUUACAAAUCUUCACCCCAAGGCAAAACAGCACGACAAAUUCCAUUUGUAAUGCUGAGCUAAUUUGUAUUGCAAUUACUACUAGUACGAUACUUUUGCAGUUCAUAACCGAUACGAAGUGGCAGCACUACAUGGAGAAUCUCCGGGUUUCCUGUAUGACUUGCUCAAAUCGGUUACCAUCUCAAACGUUACAAUAGGAUGUGGAAUUUGUGUUGCAUGAUGAGCCUGCCAGACUCGCACAGCGUUCCACCUUUUGCAAUACAAAUUUCGCCAGAUUGUAGUGCUGUUUGGGGCUCCGGAACCUGUCAUGCGCAAUCCUAUGAGAGUUGGCUAGAUCAUGCACUCUUGCAUCACAGAUUUCCAUAUUCUAUUGUAACCGCUUUGAGUAUUGUAACACCUGAGCGGGUUAUAUCCUGCGGCUGGCAGGGGGAUGAGGACUGCUUGCGACAGCAGAUACGCUUCAACAAUUGGAAUUGGCGGUAUCGAAACAGUGUGCAAGCCGGACCGUAUUGGUUCGAGGAGAACAAGAUCUUUUAUUACCAAGGGAACACCUACCGCACUGUUGGGGAUAUGGUUCAAGGUGGGGCUGCUCAUAACGGUCAUUUGGUGGAUCAUGCCCUUUCAGCUCAAAGGGUUACUCUUGCUGGCAUGCGAUUAUUAAUUUUGCAAAUACAUCGAAAACGAAAUAGAUGAGAAUAGAGGGAAAAGUGUGCAGCAUGACGAAUUGUUUUGCAAAGGGUAAUACAAGAUUUGCAUGCGACAUCACCGUUGUUCAGCCCUUCUUUAUUUCCCUUACAUGAGUUGUUCAGCCCUUCUUUAGGAGGUCAUGACGCGGGGGCCGAGUCCACGCGUUGACCUAAGGCCCAAAAGCUCUUGCCGGGGUGUGUCGGGGGUGUGUGUCUGGGGUGUGUCUGGGGUGUGUUUGGGGUGUGUUCGGGGUGUGCCCUGCAAAUUACGAAUCACGAUGCUACGCGGCCACUUUGCAUACCCCAGAACACACCCCAAAGCUUCAAAAACUCUGGUUUGCUGCUGUUUAAAUAGUAAUUGUUUUGCAAACGGUAAUACUCCAACCAUACGACAUCAGAGUUGUUCAGCCCUUCUUUAUUUCCCUUCCAUACUACUCCGACAGCAUUGACCUGAUCGAAAAAGUGCAAAAUUUGACGAAGCUGGAGACUAGGAAGCAAGCUGCCGAAGCGGAGGGAAAUUGCAUCGCAGAAAAAAUUGAAGAAGCGAUACCAUCUUCGUCUCGUCCCCUGAUUGAAAAUAGUAAACCGCAGCAUGAUGACAACAACAACAUUGACAUCAAAGACAGCAACAACCCCCUCGACAUCCGUUCCUGCGCCUCUUUUCACCAAAAAACCGUGAUCCUUUCCGAUGCUUACCACGAGGGAGACGCGUUGAUCCACGAGUGGAACAAGAUGUUGCGGAAUUUGGUGUCCAACUGGUUUUCCCAGCAAUUUCUUCUCUAUCGAAGAAAAAACGGUUGUUAGUGUGACUUUGUGAUGCACAAGAUGCACACUCUUUGCGGCUGUCAUGCUGGGCAUGCAUUGCGAGGGCCAUUCAAGCGCGUUUUCACGUACCAUCUGCGCAUGACAGGUUUUUGCUCUCAUUCCAGACAGAUUUGCAAUGCUGUUCCCCCAAAAAAAGCUACACUAACAAUUUUUUUUCUUGGAUAUCCGCUACUUUGACGACAUUGACGAUUCCGCGUUUGAAAAGAUGUCGUUUGGCUUCGCGAAAAUCGUGGAAAAGAUAAAGUUUCGGAUCUAUCAAAAGGAAAAAUCCCCCCUCCCCAUAUCAAAACGAAGUUUCUGACGCAGGAUUUGCGUACACAAAUCAGAUUUGUCUUGCUGGAGAGGAAUGCAGGCCCAUACUAAGCCUAACUAGAGAGGUUUUGGCCUAGGCGUCUAGCAUGAGAAACGUCCGUGCUGUAGGCCCAUCAGCAUCACAAACCGCCUGCAAAAUGCUGCGGAGCUUGUGGAGUUGCCUUCUUGCAAGACAGACGUGAUUUGUGGGCUCAAAUCAGCAGCACAAAUUUUCGGAAGCAUACCGCGUCGAUAUGGGGACGGGGGAUUUUUCCUCUCAGUAGAAUCGUCGAAAAUAUCUGCCCAAGGGUGAUGCAGGGGUAUUUGUCACGGGUAUUGGUGAAGACGGGUGACGAACAUCAAAGUCCGCACACAGCAGGAGCAGGGACAGCAACUGCAGGACCACAGGCUAUUUCUACUCCCGGCAUCCAGGACCAUAGUUUUGUUGAAAGCAUCAAGAUCGAAAGCAGCUCCUUGGAAACCAAUGUUUCCGUUCGGAGCGAUCUGAAUCUGACUAAGUCGAAAACGGGGGAAACAGCUGUUUUCACCUCGGGGACCACUGCUGAUGGAAAGGAGUUGUCAGAAAUGUAUUCGAGAAUAGAAUACGGCCAGGCGGACAUUGACCGUUUCCGGAAAGCGCACAAAACGGAGAUCGAGCAGUAUCAAAUGCAAAGAUGUCUGGGUCUGCGAGAUUGCGAGAUUUGUCGUGCUGGUCUGGCAUGAAUCUGAACUCUGUAUUGCAUGGCCCCGAAGAGCUCCUCCUCCCUGUCAUGCAAAAACGCAGUUUCUCAUACGGAAUAUUACGCGACUCAGAAGCAUGAAAAAAACUUGUCUUGCUUGUCAGCGCAUUAUAGGGCGCUUCCUAUUCCCUUCCUUGCAUUACAAGUUUCCAGACCCAGACAUAUUUGCAAUGCAUAAGCAAGAGUGGGAAUUGAACGUGAAACCGGUUUGGAGAAAAAUGCAACAGCUGGGUGGGGAGAUAAAAAACCGAAUAAAGCCGGACAGCACAGCGGGAAGUAACAAUAACAUCAAACCGAGCAGCAACCAGUACAAUAAUAAGUUGAGGUAUGGAAGUGUCAGGAUUGAAAUCGUCAAAGUUGAAAUAGUUUGUGAUGCAUAAAAUGCAACCCACAAAGCGAUUGUCUUGCAGAGUAGGCAAGUGAGGCAGAUUGUAAGCCUGUUAAGGGGUAAAAAAAGAGAUGCUAAAGUAGCAUGACAGGGGGCGUCUUGCUUACCCAAACAGCAUGACAAACUGGAUUUAGGCUCUUCCUAAAUUUGUCAUGCGCCACUUGAAAGCUGGCCGCCAACUGGUAUCCAUUUUAUGCAUGACAAAAAAAUCAUUUCAACUUUGACGAUUUCGAUCCUGACAGUUCCAUAUGAAGGAGAUCCUAGUAUCCACCUAUUACGUCGCGUUGGUGAAGGUGCAGGGCUGGUUUGGAAGUCUCGAGGAACGGCAUGUGAAUGGGGUGAUAUCAAAUUUCCCUGAUUUCGAGGAAAAAUUGCAGGUUUUUGACAGGAAGGAGCAGGGGGAUAAUGAUUUUCGAACCGUUUUUGGCGUGGAUGUAUUGAGGAAAGAGAGGAUAGACGUGUUUUGUCCGUUUCUAUGACCCUCAGACUAGGAGGCGUAGACAAAAAUAAAAAAGCCUUUCAGUUCCAAAUGUACUUAAAACCGG